GCACAUGUAAGUAGUUAUCAGUAUGCAUUCGCCCUGAAACAGCUGUCUAAAGGACAGAAGAAAAAAUGUCUGACACAGACUCUGAUGCAACUAUUGAACCAGAUCCAAGUGAAUGGGAUUCUUCAAAUCUAUUCAGUCCUUCUCCAACAAGACCAUCAAUUUCAAAAAGGCAAUCUUCCUAUCAUCAAUUGUCAGAUUCUGACAACGAUGAAACAAAAACAGUUCAUCAUCAAAAUACAGAGGAUUCUUAUAAUGGAAGAAGUUCACCAAAGUUACUGAAAAAGAAUGAUAAACAUCUUUUUGAAAAUUCAUCUUCAAAAAAUACACUGAAGAAGGAGAAGUCAACAGAUAUGGAAAAACUGAAUGAUCAGAACAAUUCAGCAAGAAAUAAGAAAUCAGACAAAGGAAAAGUUGUUCCUGAAAAUAGAACAAAUUCUCCAUCUUUGAAAAGAAAACAUUCAUCUGGGGACAGUGCGAGAAAAAGCCCAGCAAGAGAAAGUUUAAAAUCUCUGCCACCUUGUAAAUUUGGCUCAAAAUGUUACAGGAAGAACCCAGAUCAUUUCAAAGAAUUUUCACAUCCUUCAGACAGUGGCAGCAGUGAAGCAGCAAGUGGAAGUAAAACAAGACAAAGAUCACAGUCUCCACCAAUUAAAAGACAUAAAACAGAAACCAAGGCACUCACCUCAAAGGAGCCUUUAGCUGUCUUUAAUCAUGCUCAACCAAUUAGUUUCUUUCUUACAAAAGUACACGGGAUAUCUAGUGAAUACAACGGUGCAAAUACCAUGAGUCUCAAAGAUAUAUUGUCAGAGAAUAUGGGAAAUUUACAAGAAUCUUGUCAGUUUAAUUAUAUGUUUGAAACUCAGUGGCUAAUGCAGCAAUAUCCAGCAUCAUUCAGACAGAAGCCCCUCCUUUGUGUGCAUGGAUUUCAGGGAGGACAAAAAUCAGCACUAGAGGCUGAUGCCAGGAAAUUUACCAAUAUCAAGUUCUGUCAAGCAAGAUUGGAAAUGCCCUAUGGAACACAUCAUACGAAAAUGAUGUUCCUUUUGUAUGACGAUGGACUCAGGGUAGUGAUCCAUACGGCAAACCUGAUAGAAAGAGACUGGCAUCAGAAAACUCAAGGGAUUUGGAUAAGCCCAGUGUUUCCAAAGCUGAAGUCGGGACCCUCUGCUAUACACGGCGACUCUGCUACACAUUUUAAGAAGGAUCUACUGCAGUAUUUGGCAGCUUAUAAAGCAUAUCAGCUGAAAGAGUGGCAGGACCACAUUUCUAUGCACGACUUCUCUGCUGCAAAUGUAUUUGUGGUGGGUUCUGUACCAGGAAGGCAUAUGGCAGACAAGAAACAUUGUUUUGGUCAUAUGAGGCUGAGAAAACUUUUGCAUGACCAUGGUCCACCAAAGGAUCAGACAUCAAAAUGGCCGGUUAUUGGACAGUUUUCCAGUAUUGGCUCACUUGGAGCAUCCAAAGAAAACUGGUUGUCCACAGAAUUUCUGCAGUCCUUUGCCACAGUAAAGGGGACCAGCAGUGUUCCCCUAGCCUCCGUCCCACUGAAACUGAUCUUUCCAUCUGUGGACAAUGUGAGAACCAGUUUAGAGGGAUAUCCAGCUGGGGGCUCUAUUCCAUACAGCAUUAAUGUGGCUAAGAAACAACCCUGGCUUCAUACUUUCUUUCAUCAGUGGAGAUCUGAGGGUAGAGGAAGAAAUCGAGCGAUGCCCCACAUCAAAACUUACUGUCGUCCCUCCCCUGACUGGGGGGAUGCUGCAUGGUAUCUUGUUACUAGUUCCAACUUAUCAAAAGCUGCUUGGGGAGCUCUGGAAAAGAAAGGGAGUCAACUCAUGAUACGCUCUUACGAAAUAGGAGUGCUGUUUAUACCUCACUUCUUGGUUGGAAAGACAGUAUUCAAAUGCACAAGUAAAGUAAGAGAGGCAGGGGAGAAAACUCUGGUACUCCCUUAUGAUCUUCCUCCCAGAGCCUAUACAAAGGAAGAUAAACCAUGGAUAUGGGACAUUGCACACAAAGAGUUGCCAGACUCUCAUGGAAAUAUGUGGUGUCCAAGUUGACAUUUUCAAUCCUUUACUUUGCUGGAAUGUGUUCAUGGACUUUCAAUAUAUAAAGAUUUAUUUAUUUAUCAACAUGAAAUAAAUGCUUUUUGUUAUAAAUGUU